AACCGCAUGCUCCUCAUCAAUGGUACCAUUGACGACGGCGUCACACAAACCGUGAUCAAAUCCCUCUACGACUUGGCGGCGUUCAGAUCCAAAGAAGCGCAUCGAGCUGGUGUUGAACAGCCCCGGGGGCUCCGUCGAGGGCGCGUUCAUGAUUAUCAAUGUGAUGGAAACCAUCGAGACGCCGGUGCACACGACCGCUCUCGGGAAAUGCCAUUCGUCCGCCGCGGUGAUACUAGCCGCGGGCGAGCCCGGUUCUCGCGCGGUGCACCAGAACGCGCGCGUCAUGAUCCACGGCGUCAGGGCGACAGGUUCUAUAAAUACCACGAUAAAUAGCAACGCCGACCUCGUGGCCAGCGCCGACCGCAUACAACAUGAACUCGACGAAAUGAAGCACACGGCCAAGGCGUGGGUCGAGAUGCUGGCGCGGCUGACGGGUCAGGACGAGGCGAAGCUGACCGAGGACCUGAAGCGCGACAAGUUUCUGACGGCCGCCGAGGCGGUCGAUUACGGGCUCGCCGACCUGGUGCGGGCGCCAAAUCCGCGCGAGAAGAAGCGCGCGCGGGAGGGCGACGGCGGCGUUUUUGGGAACGGCGGACGGCGCCUCGGCGGACGUGCGGAGUCCGACGGCAACGACGUCAUCGACCUGACCAAGGUCAAGUCGGAGGCGCCGCCGCCCGCCGAGCCGAGCCCUUCGAUCGCGGCUUCCCGGCCGAAACGCGCCGCGGCGCGCAAGAAGUAG